UUUACUUGGCCUUGGCCUUGCUGUGGGUGCUAGAGAACAUGCAUAUCAAAGGUUGGAGAGACAUGGACACCAGCAGCACCCUGGUCCUCGGCACCGUGUUCUUUAGCUUGUGCACCUUCCAGCUUCUGUUCCACUUUAUCAGUUACUGGUUUUCAGCAAAAGUUUCUCUGGGUUAUAACAGGCUCCACUUUGAAAAGAAGGUCGAAUGGAACUCAAGGGUGGUCUCCACCUGCCACUCCCUGGUGGUUGGGGUGUUAGGCCUGUACGUUUUCUUGCUCGAUGAGGCUACCAUCGCGGACCCACUGUGGGGUGACUCAACGCUUGCGAAAGUGAAUGUUGCUAUUACUUCAGGCUACCUCAUUUCUGACUUGGUGAUAAUCGUUCUGUAUUGGAAAGUGAUUGGUGACAAAUACUUUGUGAUUCACCACUGCACGUCGCUGUUCGCUUUCUUCCUGGUGCUGAGAGACGGCGUCCUGCAGUACGUGGCGAACUUCCGCCUGCUCGCGGAGCUGUCCAGCCCCUGUGUGAACCAGCGGUGGUUCCUUGAAACUCUGAAGUAUCCCAAGUUCUCCAAGGCUAACGUCGUCAACGGCAUCCUCAUGACCGUGGUGUUCUUUAUCGUGCGCAUCGCCCCCAUUCCUCCUUUCUACAGCUUCCUGUACUCCACGGUGGAAACAGAGGCCUACGCCAGGCUGGGCCUGUUGAUUCAGCGCUCCUGGGUAUCCACGUGCUUCAUCUUGGAUGUGAUGAACGUCAUGUGGAUGGUCAAAAUUACAAAGGGCUGCCUCAAAGUCCUCUCUCUCAUCAGACAAGAGAAAGCCAACGACAGAGUUCAGAAUGGAAAACUGGACUGAACUCGGCAACCGAUGAUUGGUUCACCUCCUUACUACCCACAUUACAUCAACUGAUAUCAGCUCACCUGGUUACUACCCACGUUACAUCGACUGAUGGGGUGAAUUCUUGGCAUGUUCUUCUGCUUCCAUAUUAAUUAUAUGCGUUAAUCUAGGGUUUCAGUGUCUCUUUUUUAAAAUAUUUACCUCUAGCAAAGAGUAACUAAAAUUUUUGUUUUUAUCCCAAGAUUUCUGAUUUUCUUCUGCCUUAUAAGCAUGGAUAAAAACUUAAAGGUUUAAAUAAAAAGUUAUAAAUAUAGUGGUGAAUCUUUUCAGAGCUCUGUUAACCUGCAUCUGCAUUUUCCUCCGUGAAAAGGGGACUGUGGCCCUUCGCACAGGUGCCUUUCUGUUACCAAUUUUGCUGGAAGAACGGGAGCUGCUCUCAAGCCUGUAAACAACUCUCAGCAUUCUGUUGUUCUGUACUCCUUGCCUAUGGCUGCGUAGGGUUUAAUUUCUAAAUUGCUGAAAUGUUCUUUUUCUGAGGCUAUUACAAGUGAUGUGUUUUUCAUUUAGAUAUGAUGUCACCUAUUAAUGAUGGAGCAUUUUACUUCCUUUGGGGAUAUUUAAUUAGUGGUCACAGAAAAUAUUUUCUGCAUUUUUAGGUUCUUCAGACAUCACUUUAUUAUUCCUAUUUUUAGCAUUUUAUAUUGCUCUUUUAUAGUGAGGUUUAAGGCAGAUCUUAUAGAACUCUUCAAGAGAUGAAUGCCUCCUUCUAAAAUGCAUGUUAUAGGUGACUACCAAGGCCAGUAGGAGGAAUCACCAGGAAAUAGCUUUAACACUCCUCUCAGCUUCCCUUGCAGUUUUUCUAUGAAAAAUGUUAUUUCUAUUUGCAAAACAUGCCCAGAGUUCAGAACACAAAGUAUUCUGUAAUGUGUUUAUCAUGUUCCUAAGGUGAGUCUUGUUUUGAUGAGACCAACGCUACGAAAAAGUCAGUAUUUAUGUUUUACUCAGAGUUUACACCCACACUUGCUUAGUUUGGAGGCUUUGAAAUUUCCAUCUUUCCUAAGGGACAGGAAAAAACCAGCUAAUUUAAUCCAGCUAUACCGAUCACCAAGAUUGUUGUCUUACCUGACGAUCAGUGGCUGGUGACUGAUUUUGUUUGUUUUGUGAGUGUUGGCCUUGGUUCUGUUGUAGAACCAUAAAGUUAGCUGUUACUGCCUUUAUUUAUCUUUCUCGAGUACUUGACUUUAGUAAUAGUUCUUACCUAAGAAAAACAGAAAUUUAAUUUAACCGGUGGUGAAUACUUGAAUUCAAGUGAACCCAAACCAAAAGAUGGUUCGCCGGCCGCUGCGCCGCAGGGCUCCCCCGCCGGGAGGCCGCUGCGCGCUCGGGGACUGGGAUCCCAGCGGCGUCUGGGCAGCGGGGCUCGCUCAGCGCGCUCAGCGUCGCGGAAACUCAAUAGCCCAGUGAGAAAGGAGAGCGGCUUGUUUCUGAAAGACUGAAAGUGAUGUAAAAUACAGGUACUUGUUUUUGGAGCUAAUAGUACAUGGAUAAUUUGUUACUAAAUUUAGUGCCUCCCACCUCAUAGGCACUUAAGCAUGGGGGAGUGAAAACAGCCCUUUUCUCUCGGUCUUUGGCAAGAAAACUGGCUUUUUAAAAGGAAAACGUUUAUAUUAGAGAACUAUUUUGGAAAUUAGUUCCUUUAGAAAGAAAGAAAACUUGACGUACAUAUUUUUGACUCUGAAUACAUCUAGUCUCCGGACGCAGACCUUCCACGGCCGUCAGGGUGGCGCGUGGAGCGCGCGCCCACGCAGGGUUUCCGUUCUUGCCGCGGCCGUUUCGUGCGGGCAGCGCCG